AUGUAUUUACGUUAUUAUUUGGAUGAAAAAGGCGAACGUGUGUACACAUUUAGUAAAGUUGAUCCUAAUGGACGACCAACAUCAUCAGCUCAUCCCGCUAAAUUCUCACCUGAAGAUAAAUAUUCAAAAGAAAGAAUUUUAAUAAAAAAAAGGUUUGGUAUUCUUCCAACGCAACUUCCACCUAUUAAAUACUAG